AGGGAAUCAAAAUCGAUUUGUUUUUAUUCAUUUGUCUUCAUUCAUUGCGAGAAUUCAAUGUUCUUUUGCAAACCCCAAAGAAGUUUAACUAUUUUUUUCUCUGAAACAAAAAAUGAGAGCCACGAUGGUUGUUAAUAUACAAAGUUACAGCUGCUGAGGUUUUGAUAAUCAAUAAAGGAUUCUUUCCUUGGAGUAUUGUAUAGGAAGACCGGCCAGAUGUAAUGCCCAAAGAAGUCAAAUGAUAAAAGAUACGAUUGACAAACUAUCCAACUUGCACCUUCGAUCGUAGCAGAAUAUUAUCGACAAAUCAACAGGAAGGAGGAAAUGGAAGAAUUUAGGAAUCGUUUAGGCGAUAUCACUCAUUCCAUGCAGUGAUAAGUCGAUCGGUGUAAAAAUUGUACAAAGUUGAGGAGCAUUAAGGUAGCACUAACUCUUGUCAUCUCUCACAUUGUUCUUCCGAACCAUCCCACCGCAGUCCAAUCUAAGCAUGGCCACCGAAAACGGAUUGAGGGUCGUAAGACAAUAUUCUGACGAAGGCCGAAACAUCGCACUGAGGGCUAUAAAUGACGCUAAUGUCGAGGUCAGUACCGUUGUAGGGAAUAUGUGGUCUAACAUUUUGGAACUAUUUCGAAGACUGAAGGAAACCGCCAGAGAUGUAGCUGAUCCUACUAUGAUCUAUGAACAACUAAGGAUACUACUCAGAGAUGAAAUCUCUCGCAACAAUGCUUUCUUCAUCCUGGUCGGUCUGGGAUUCGGAACCACCGGCGGUGUUUUACUAGGCUUCUGGUUAGCACGACCACACUUGGCAACACCCAUUAUGAAAUCCAUUACUUGCACCUCUUUCCGGGAUCCAGACAAUGUGGCGGUUUGCAAUACAAUCGUGCCCCAAUUUGAGUCUUCCACGGAUAUAUUGGUACGCGUGCGGGCCGCAGCUCUGAACCGAAUAGAUCGACGCAUCGCGUUUGGCUAUGGCCGGACUUUGCGAAAAAUGAUAAAAAAUUACGAUUCAAAGUACAACCCAGAGUUACCCUUAGUUCUUGGACGGUCAUGUGCUGGAAUAGUGGAAGCCGUUGGAAAGGAUUCAAAAAGUGGGCUGGAAAUUGGCGAUGAAGUAUGGCUGGCUGUGCCUUGGUACGAAUCGGGAGUCGCGUCUGAGCUGGUCGUUGUUUCGGAAACGCGAAUAUCACGAAAACCGUUCCUAAUUGGCUUUGAGGGCGCGGCAAGUUUACCGUACAGCGGCUGCAUAGCACUGAAUCUGCUGGAUGCACAUGGCCUAACGGAGCACACGUGUAAAGGGAAAAAUAUUCUAAUUCAAGAUGCCUGCUCCCCUGUGGGAUGCGUGAUAACCCAACUAGCCAACAAAUGGGGUGCUAAUGUGGCAGUAACCUGUCAUACGCGGUCGGCCCCAGUCAUACAUAAAUUAGGCGCUGGCGACAUAAUAGCGUUAGCCAACGAACACUUCCGGUCGAAUUUCAUUGACGUGAACAUCGAGAAAUCCAAUCUGAUCAACGAACUGGCAUCGCGUGAUAAAUUUGACUACAUAUUUCUCACAACUCGCAUCGGGUACGAUUACAAUUUUCUGCGAAAAUUCUUAACCAACCGUGGCGUUAUUGUGGACGCUGUCGAACCCGAACUGGCCUCCGAUGAGUAUGGUACCGCUAUGCGACUGCUACUGGGUUUGUUGGUAAGGUUCCGAAAAAUACUGGCGGUCAUUUUCCGAUCCCAUCCCGACUGGGGAGGUCCUCAUCUGUGCCAUCUGUUGCUGGAUCGGUUAACUGGCUUGGUGAACGACGAGACACUUAAAACCGUUGUAGAUAGGGUAUACACUCCAAACGAAGUAGAACGAGCGCUGGAUCACAUUUGUAGCGAAAAAAGUAUUGGUAGUACCAUUAUUACCUUCCGGUAAACACGAUCGCCGAAAACCCGGACUGAAAAUAUAAAGUAACGAUGAAGCAUGCUGAUAAUAGAAAAAGAACCAAUCGUGUCGCCACAUUCUCGCCAUCAUUGAUCUGUACUUACCAUCAAUCGGAUACAUCGUUCAUAAUAUAUGAAGUUAUUUACGAGUCAUCAGGUGUAAUGAAAAUAUUUUCUCGGUUUUGUAAUAUAUUACGGCAAAUAGGAAAUUUUAGCAUGAGCGAUAGUUUUAACUGAAUAAGCAGCACAUGUUUUGUACAUAAUAUUCUCUUACCAUAGAAGUGCAGUGCUGCGUUUGUUUUUGUUCAACUCAUUAUAUAUGAAUUUUUCAAUCGCUACGAAAUAUGUUAAUAAAUGUGUGAAAUAAAAUUA